AAAAAAAAAAAUUGACGAAGUAAAAGAAGUGGAUGUCAUAGACCCUCCCAACGAUCCCUAAGAUCUAAAUUGGAGACUCCGAUCUCUAUCCCGAAUCGAGACGAACGCCAUCAGUCUCUGUAUCUGUUAUUGCCCUCUUUGGUCGUCACCAUUACGGGCACUGUUAAUCUCUCGAUGGAUGCCAAAACCUGCUCGGGAGAUGCAAUCAGCUGGCUCCCACACGAAGUUUUGGGCAAAAUUUUGUCCUUACUGCCGACAAAACAGGCUGUGUCAACAUCUGUUCUCUCGAAAAAGUGGAAUUAUAUGUACAGAUUGGCGGAUAGUCUUGAUUUUGAUGAUUCCGUCUCGCUGCAUGCGGAAGAGGGUGGUAAACAAACGAGUUUUGUGUUUUCAGAUAGCUUCAAGAAAAUUGUGGAUCGAACACUGGCUUUGCAAUGUGAUUAUUCGAUCAAGAAAUUCUCACUAGCAUGCCAUGUUGGCGCGGUUAAUGAAGGCCAAAAGACUUGUGUGGGCCGCUGGAUAUCCAAUGUGGUAAGGCGCGGUGUUUUGGAAAUGGACUUAAGGAUAAAAGAUCGGGGUAUACACUUCCUGCCCCCUCUGCUCUUCGCAAGCAAAACACUGGUUAAGCUGACACUGGGAACAAAGCUCUACCUUGGAAAGCUUCCUUCAUAUGUGUCACUUCCAUCUCUCAAGUUUCUCUUCAUCGAUACGGUUUUCUUUGAAUAUGAAGAUUUGUGUUAUGUACUUCUUGCUGGUUGCCCGGUACUCGAGGAGUUAUCAGUCCAUCACAGAGACCAAGCUAUCCCUCACACCAUAUCGAGUCCGACGGUCAAGAGACUAUCAGUUGACUACGACUGUCAUAGCGAGAACGAACUGUCAUUUGACCUGCCAAACCUAGAGUACCUUGACUACUCUGAUUUCGCCUUGCAUGAGUAUCCACAAGUUAACUUGGGAUCCCUUGUUGAAGCUAAGAUGGAUCUUUAUCCGGGACAUGUGGAGAGGGCAGAUGUAACUGAACUCCUCAUGGGGAUAAGAAAUGUUGAGAUCCUUCAUCUAUCUCCCGUUACGGUUGAUGUUAUCUAUUCAUGCUGUAAAUAUGGGCUACUUUUACCGGUAUUCAAUAAUCUGGUUAAUUUAUCUUUUGGGAGUAAGGAUAAACGAGGUUGGAAAUUGCUGGCAAAUAUGCUUAAGCAGUCUCCAAAGCUUGAAACUUUACUUAUCCAGGAUCUGAAUGGUUACAGAGGCGAUGUCUCAAUGCCUCCGAAUCAAGUGAAGGUGUUGCAUGUUCUGAAUUAUGGAGGAACUGAUGAAGAGUUUAAACAGUUGGAGAAAAGUUUAAUUGGGAGAAAACGUAAUGCAGAAGCUGUGGUGGAUGAUGGCAUAAGUUUGCAAACCAAAAGGGGAUAUAACGAUGCUUCAUGGAGUUUCACUUCCAGGAAAAUGCCAUUCCAGAGUGGCAUAAGUCGUCUAGAUUCAUAUUAUGCUAAGUAACUCUAUACUCAUAUAUUGUUUCUACUCGACUUUUUUUCAUCUUUUGAUACACUUUACAAUAAACUGCUUCAUAUCAAACCCACUUAUCAUGUGACUUCUUCGUCUAGACUCAAGAGCAUGAAAGGUUAUCUCCUUUUUAUUUACAGGAUUCCCCUGUGGGUUGGGUUU